CUCAGUGUUCUGAACAUCCACACCGGCGGCCGGUGGCUUUCACCGAGUGCCCCAAUACAGCAUUGUCAAAGCGGGACAGAUGCAUUAAACAAAGACCAAUUCAUUUUCCCUUUUUAAUUUUCUUUCUUUUUAAUUUUUGAGGCGGGGGGCUGCAAAUUUAAUCUGCUCUCCUGUGCUCUGACUGACAGCUGCACUGCGGAUUCAAGGUCCCUCCUGCCUACCUGGUGCUAUUGCUUCACAAUGGGGGUGAAGGCUGCUCUUCCUAAGUACGAGCUGCACUUGUACACCGCUGUGCUGUUUGGGGCCCUCCUCUGGGCUGCCAGUUGGAUCUUUGAGGUUUCCAGCGAACAGGUAAACAGAAAAGCCUUCAAGGAAAGUGUGAAGCCAGGAUGGCACUACUUUGGCCGGAAAAUGGAUGCAGCGGAUUUCGAAUGGGUGAUGUGGUUCACAACAUUCCGAAACCACAUUCUCUUUGCCUUGUCCGGUCAUGUGAUCUUCGCCAAGAUAUGCUCCAUGCUGUCCCCUAAGCGCAGGUCCUUUAUCUACAUGGUGUAUGGGCUAUCUGCGGUCUUCGUUAGCAUGGGCUGGACAUACAUCACCCUGGUGCUCUCGCACUGCAUCGUCCUCUACAGCGUGGCGCUCGCCAAGCGCAAGUGGCUGUGCUUCGUGGCAGGCCUCACCAGCCUGGCCACCUUCAAGAUGGAGCCCAUGGUCUCCUGGCAGACAGGCUUCAUGACCGGAAGCUUCGAGCUCCAGGAUAUUCUGUUCUAUGGGGGCUGUGGGUUCUCCAUCAUGCGCUGCAUGAGCUUUGCCCUAGAGAACUGCGAGAAGAAGGACGGGAACUACUCCUUCGUGGAUCUGCUCAAGUACAACUUCUACCUCCCGUUCUUCUACUUUGGACCUGUUAUGACUUUUGAUAGAUUCCAUGUUCAGGCUAACAAUGCAGACUUGACCCGUAAGCAAUGGGAGAUGUGGAACAUCAGAACCCAGGCCCUAUUGCACCUGGGGGCCAUUUUGGUGGUGGAUGUCUUGUUCCACUACCUGUACAUUCUGACCAUACCCACUGACAUGAAGCUGGUGAGGCAACUGUCAGAUUGGUCACUAGGUGGACUGGCCUACUCUAACUUGGUGUACGACUGGGUGAAAGCUGCUGUGAUGUUUGGGGUCAUAAACACGGUGUCCAGGCUCGACCAUCUUGAUCCUCCUCAGCCCCCAAAAUGUAUCACAAUGUUGUAUGUUUUUGCUGAAACGCACUUUGACAGGGGAAUAAACGACUGGCUGUGCAAAUAUGUUUAUGACUACCUGGGCGGGAACCAUGACCAGAUCUUCAAGGAGCUGAUUGCGACCAUCUCCACCUUCGCCGUCACCACCCUGUGGCUGGGGCCGUGUGAGAUCGUCUACAUCUGGUCCUUCUGUAACUGCUUCGGUCUCAACUUCGAGCUGUGGGUUGCCAAGUUUUUCUCUAUCAGGCCCUUUUCGUCCAUUGAGGGAGCCCUCUCUGAGGCCAUGUCCCGACGGAUCAGGGGUGUGUUCAACGCUGCCAACUUCUGGUGCAUCAUUCUCUUCAACGUCCUGGCCCUUAACAGCCUGGAGUUUGCCAAGCUGGUUACUAAGAGACUGCUUGUCAAAGGAUUCCCCUUCUCCACCCUGUCCGUGCUGUUCGUCACCUACGCCGGAGUACAGCUGGUGAAGGAGAGGGAGAGGAGGCUGGCCUUGGAGGAAGAGGCGGCCAACGGCCUGCAGAAAGAGAAGGCGGAGUGAAAACGUCCCGACUGCCGGACAACCUGCACAAAUCGAUCUCAGAUUCCCGUCCCUUCGCACAGUCUGUCGCCCGUCCUCGUCUACGAGCUUGCUGGACUGCCACGGCUCCAUCGCCAUGGCGAUCAGACCCAUUUGUGGUUUUUAACGCAAGGCACAUUUUAACCGCGAAUCGUCCCGAAGUGCACUUGCUGUAAAAUAUCGCCACAGGCCCUUCAGACGCACACCACUGGUGCAUUUAUUUAUAUACCUUUUUAAAUGUAAACAGAUAUCUGGAGGAAAGGCUGUAGCUGACUGAUAUACCUCCUAAAUUAAAAACUAUGAGCUGU